UUCAACUUCAACGAUUCUGGUCUUGUAUUUCAGUCACGGCUUUCUUUGGCAGAAGAAAGUGAAACUCAUACUUUUCUAGAAGUCAAAAGUCAAGGAAUAACAAAACAACAACAACCUACUAAUUCAGAUCAGUUGCGGUUUUGUUUGUUAUAAAAAGCAGAAGUGAUCUAAAGAAGAGAAUUAUGCAAAAGAUGGAUGUUGAAGAGUUGUUUCAGGCUCAGGCCCUUUUAUAUAACUACACUUAUAGCUUCAUUGGUUCCAUGUCUCUCAAAAGUGCAGUUCAUUUGGGAAUACCAGACGUAAUCUCAAAGCAUGGCCAACCAAUUACUAUUCCUGAGUUGGUCUUGGCACUUGAGAUCAACCCUAAUAAAUCAGGUUAUGUGUAUAGGCUCAUGCGCUUGUUGGUGCAUGCUGGCUUCUUUGUGACAAGCAAGGUUAUAAAAGAAGAUAAAGAAGAAGUGGGGUAUGAUCUCACACCUUCCUCUAGGCUACUCCUUAAAGAAAAUGUUCCAACAUUGUCUCCUUUUGUUCGAGCAAUGUUUCAUCCGGCUCUGGUUCACUCAUCAGAGUUUUUGGCUGAGUGGUUUCACAAAAAUGAGGUAACACCCUUUAACACUGCAUUUGGCAUGAGUUACUGGGAGUAUUUAAGCCAAAACCAAGAGUUUAAUGGCCUCUUCAAUGAAGCAAUGAUCAGUGAUUCCGGGAUGAUGAAUUUGGUCAUCAAAAACUGCAAAUCUGUUUUUGAGGGGCUGAAUUCGUUGGUUGAUGUUGGAGGUGGUAAAGGAGCUGUUGGAAGGAUAGUUUGUGAGUCACUACCUAAUUUGCAUUGGACUGUGCUUGAUCUUCCACAUGUGGUUGAAAAUUUGCUUGACAGCCCCAAUUUGAAAUUUGUUGGAGGUGACAUGUUUCAGUUUAUUCCUUCAGCAGAUGCCAUUCUUCUUAAGUUGGUAUUGCAUGCUUUUAGUGAUGAAGAGUGCAUUAAGGUGCUGAAAAAAUGCAGAGAGGCUAUAUCAAACAAGGGGAAGGAAGGGAAAGUAAUUAUUAUAGACAUAGUGAUCGGGGAAAAGAAUGAAAAUCAUGUAUUGACAGAAGCAAAGCUGUUUUUUGAUAUGUUAAUGAUGGUUCUGGUUAAUGGAAAAGAAAGAGAAGAAAAAGAAUGGGAGAAACUCUUCUUGGAAGCUGGAUUCAGUCAUUACAAGAUAACAUCCAUCUUUGGUAUGAGGUCGCUUAUUGAAGUUUAUCCUUGAAUUACCCAAAUAAUUUCUAUUCUCAGGAGUAGUGAUUUAUGCGUUGCUUUUGUGUUUCUUUCUAUAAUAAAGAUUGUGUCCUAGUUUCUGUUGAUCUUCACGAAUGUAACAAUUCUACUGCCUGUAUUUGGUAUCACAACUAUGUUUUAGUAAGGUGUGUAAUUGUCAAUUGUGUAUUAUUUGGAUCUUAGUGUUUUCCCUGUUUCCUCUAUGGGUAUCAGAUUAAGCUUAAUUUCAGGGCAGGGCUGUAUUUUUUUGA